UCUAAUAUUAAAAAUUAUUAUGAAUAGAUUAACGAGUGUCAAUAUGAGUAAUAAUUAUGAUGACAUUAAUCACAUAACUUCGAAUAUAGUUGCUGACGGUUCAGACUUUCACGAAGAUGACAAUUUAAGUGGACAAAGUAUUCUGUUAAGUCAAAAUAAUCAGAUGAGCCAAUCAAGCAAUGAUACAGAAAUUAAUUUUAGUCAAAAUGUUGAGGAUGAAAAUAUUGUUCAAUCACCAAAAAAGAUUAAAUUACAUGAGGAUGUUAACAAAAAGAUAAAUACUGUUUUACACAAUGAUUCACUGAACGAUGAUCAAAAAUGUUCAAUAUGUCUAGAAAUUUGGAGCAGUGCAGGAGAUCAUAGGCUCUGUGCAUUACGUUGUGGUCACCUUUUUGGUCUUAAUUGUAUUGAGCAGUGGUUUAAUGUAGCAAGAAAUGCUGCUGCUAGGAAAUGCCCGGAAUGUAAUAAAAAAGCAUCAAAAAAAGAUAUUCGAAUUUUAUAUGCGAAGAAUCUUCGUUGUAUUGAUACAAAUGUAGUAGAAAAAUUAAAAGAAGAAGUAAAAGAAAUUACUAAGAAAAAAGAAUUAAUCGAAAGGGAACUUAGACAAUACAAAUUCAAAGAAAUAAUAUAUGAACAACAACUAAAUUCUUUAAAACAAAAAAUUUUUAAAUUAGAAAAGGUAUUUCAUACAGUAUCGUUUGAAAAAAAUAAUUUUUGUAUAAAAUUUCAGAAUAUAGUUCUAAGUGAAAAUAAAGUUUAUAACAUUUCAAAUAACAGUUCCUGUAGGGUCAUGGCAUAUAAUCCAUGGCAUAAAAUUCUUGUAGUUUCAUCAGGUAAAGCAAUCAAUAGAAUAUUUAUAGAUUCUCUCUCUACUUCGCUGAAUUAUAAUAUUCAUAAUGGACCUAUAAGAGAUAUAACAUUUCACGAACAACAUCCUAAUAUCCUUUUAAGUGUUGCAUUUGAUAAGAACAUCAUGUUAACGGAUAUACGAAAUAAUCUCUUAACUCACAGUUAUCGAGAAGAAACAAGUUUAUGGAGUUGUUGCUGGUCAAAUUAUAACAAUCAAACAUUUUUUGUUGGAGGAGCAAGGGGUAAUAUUAUAGAAUAUGAUAUACGAUUUUUACAAUCUGGAGUAUCUACGAAAGAAAAUGUAGACGACAGAUCUCCAGUUGUAUCACUUGCUUCAAUACCAACAACUAGUUUAGUUUUUCAUACUGGGGGUUAUUUAGCAUGUCAACUAAAUUCAUGUUAUGCAUAUGGUUUUAAUGAAGGUAAUUAUGAAGGCAAUCGAAUCAAUAUUGAAGGACCCUUUACAUCUUUACGUUAUAAUGAAAAAAACAAUCAUGUACUACUUUCAUGUAGAGCAAAUGCAAAAUAUCCCUUUGUUAGGCAUAUGGUAUGUACAAUUGAAAAAAAUGAAGACCAAAUAAAAUUUAAUACAGUGCAUUCAUUUAAUGCUGGAAAUACACAAAAGUUACUCUCAAGGCCUUGUUACAUAAAUUUAAAAAAUGAAACAAUAGUAGUAGCUAAUAAUGAAAAUUUAAAUCAAAUUAUAGCAUGGAGUAUAUCAACUGGACAGGAAGCUUUUAGUAUACCAAUUUCUGAACCUGUGGUUGAUGUUUGUUUCUUUGAAAGUGAUGUUAUAUAUCAAGCAAUUCUUACAUCAAAUAAACUUCAUCUUUAUCAUCAAAUAUUUACAAAAUCUUAAUAUUA